GUGAACAUAUUAAAAAUUGGCGUCCUCGCUACUUUCUCCUGCUUGAUAAUGGUGCACUCAUUGGAUUUAAAAGCAAGCCAGAGCAUGGAUUUGAUGAUCCAUUGAAUAAUUUUACAGUCAAAGGAUGCCAAUUAAUGAAAGCAGAUAGGCCUAAACCUUUUACAUUUAUGAUUCGUGGCCUUCAGUGGACGACUGUAAUCGAACGCACUUUCCACGUAGAAUCGGAAAAAGAAAGAGAAGAAUGGAUGCAGGCUAUACAAUAUGUAGCUGACAGAUUACAAGAACAGGAACCUGAACAGGAUGUUGAAAUGAUGGAGCAAGAUGAUCUUCUGGGUAGACUAAAUAUUUCUACUCGAAUGUUUGGCACUAAAGGAAAAAAAAUUACUUUAGACAACUUUGAAUUUUUAAAAGUCCUUGGGAAAGGAACUUUUGGCAAAGUUAUUUUAUGCCGAGAAAAAUCUUCUGGCUCACUAUAUGCUAUAAAAGUUUUAAAAAAGGAAGUAAUUAUAGCAAAAGAUGAAGUGGCUCAUACACUGACAGAAAAUAGAGUUCUUAGAAAUACUGAUCACCCAUUUUUGAUAUCUUUGAAAUACUCCUUUCAAACAUCUGAUCGCUUGUGUUUUGUGAUGGAAUAUGUGAAUGGUGGUGAACUGUUUUUCCAUCUCUCUCGUGAAAGGAUAUUCAGUGAAGAGAGAACUCGAUUCUAUGGUGCUGAAAUUCUUUUAGCCUUAGACUAUCUUCAUACAGAAGGAAUCAUCUACAGGGAUUUGAAACUUGAAAACUUACUUCUUGAUAAGGAUGGUCACAUAAAAAUAGCUGAUUUUGGACUCUGCAAGGAGGAUAUUAGUUAUGGAGCAACAACCAAGACAUUUUGUGGGACUCCAGAGUAUUUGGCACCAGAGGUUCUUGAGGAUACGCAUUAUGGCCGUGCUGUUGACUGGUGGGGUCUGGGUGUAGUCAUGUACGAAAUGAUGUGUGGACGGUUGCCAUUUUAUAACAGAGACCAUGACAUUCUCUUUGAAUUGAUACUGAUAGAAGAAGUUAAAUUUCCUAAGUCACUAUCACCUGAAGCUAAAUCUUUGUUAAGUGGAUUGCUUGUCAAGGAUCCAAAAAAGAGGCUUGGAGGUGGUCCAGAUGAUGCAAAAGAAGUUAUGCUAGAUCCUUUUUUUCGUUCUAUGCCAUGGCAAGAUCUUUUAGAAAAAAAGGUGACGCCUCCUUUUAAACCACAAGUGACCUCUGAUACAGAUACUCGGUACUUUGAUCAAGAAUUCACUGGUGAAUCAGUUGAAUUGACACCUCCUGAUCAAGGUCCUCUGAAUUCCAUUUCUGAAGAAAUGGAACAGCCAUAUUUCCAGCAAUUCUCUUUCCACGGAAGCACGGGAACUCUCGGAAAGGGUAUCGACCAGUAGCCCCCCCCCCUCUUUACUGGCAAUAUAUAAAAUGACAUUAGUAAGAAUUUCUUUACACUUUGAUUCGGUGCUCUAACAUUCACCCACUUUGCUUCACUCUAUUUUUAAAACGACAGUUUGUUUCCUUGCAUUUAAGACAGAAAAACAAUGAAAAAAAGAAGAAAAACAUUUUUUCAGAAAAUAGCUUUUACUCAAAACUGAUAGAAGCGCAUUCUUUAAAAAAAUAAUGGUAGAAAUCUUUCAAAAAUGACGAAAGCCUUUUUUUUUUCCAAUAAUGAAAGAAGCAAUAUUGAAGGAAGCAAUCUUUUAAAACUGAAAGAAGCAUUAUUUUAAAAAUGAUAAAAGCCUUCUUUCAAAAAUGAUGGAAGCAAUCUUUUUCAAAAAUAAUGGAAGCCUUUUUUUUUUUUGUUCAAAAUUGAAGAAAGAAUUUUGAAAGCAUUUGUUUGAAGUAUGCCAUAUUUACUCCAAUAAAUGUAAAACCAAAAUAUAGUGUUGUCUGUGACUAAAAAAAGUUGAUGAGAGAUGAUACAGUGUGAUGAUGUAUUGCAGCUAUACAUGCAUAAACUGUAACUGUGUUCGUGAUAUACAAAAAAAAGUGGUGCAAAAUGCCAACAAUGUUUACUGAAUCAAAAACAUUUUUAUAAAGAAAUUCCUAAAGUAGUAGAGAUUAUUUUUUAAGAAAAAACAAAUAUGUAUAAUAAUCUAACCUGCUUGACUGAGAAUGUGCAGAAUGAAAUACGUAUAGAGUGUCAAAGAAAAUUAUAUUACUUCAAAUAUUUUUGUGAAAAAAAAAAGUUAGAUUGAAUUUAAAAUGUGUUCUGUACAGUUUCAAUUUUGUAUUUUAUUAGGAAGAAAAUAAUUAAAGAAAAUGGUUAGAUUUCUACUGAUGUUUUGUUUUAUGCAAACACAAUUUGUUAUUAGGAUAUUAUUCUUGUUCAAAAUGAAUUAUUCCUGUUUUUUGCUCUCUUUAUUGGCAUGAAAUUGUUAGCAGUAUUUUAACAGAUGAAUCCUUCCCUAAUAAAACUGUUUUAUUUUUGAUUAAAUGCUUUAAAAAUUA